GUUUCAUACUGUGAAUUUCUCUUAUUUUCCUAUGCGCUCACCAAGAGUGCAACCAGCUCCCGGAACUUGAGCUGAGUCCUCUGUCGAACAUGCACGGGCCGGCCCCCACAGUUUGGUGACAGACCAGGGGUCGGUCAGGCAACCGCCCCACCCCCGCCAUCCAACAGCUCCCAAAGCGGUCUCACCUGCCUGAGCCGCGUGAACGACACUCCCAACCUGGAAGCCAGGCACGGGCGACGAACACACCGGUGACCUACACAGGCGUUGCCGUGUACGGAAUACACCGAUCUCGUCGAAACCGUGGCCCGUUUGUUUGCGCGCUUCAACUUCUCCCUCCACCACGACAGGGUGAAUGUCCCAACCAGCAGGUUCCCCGACACCCCCCGACGCCGCAUAAGUCCAGCACAACACCACCACCCCGCGUUGCUCCGCGCGCCAGCGCAUGGGCGCCCUGCUCGCCAAGAUGGCUGCCCGUCGCCCGCGGCUGCGCGUCCUGUGCUUCGGCGACUCGCUCACCGCCGGCUACACCUCGCACGGCGCGGUCCACCAUCCAUACGAGGAGACGUUGGUGCAGAUGCUGGCCAUGGCGUUCCCGGACCUCAAGAUCGAGACGGUCGAGGACGGCGUGUCCGGCGCCACGGUCAAGUUUGGCUACCAGGCGCGGAUGAAUGCGCAGUUCCUCCCGCCGAAGGGGCCGAAGAAGAGCAAGAGCAAGGACGAGGAGGAGGACGGGAAACGGUACGACUGGGCGAUCGUGUUGGGGGGGACAAAUGACCUCGGCAUGGGCGUGCCCCCCGAGGACAUCUUCGAGGCGCUCAAGAAAGUGUGGGCGGUGCCGCUCGCGCACAAGUGCAAAGUGCUCGCGCUUACGGUGCCCGAGGCUGGCGUGGAGGGCAAGAUCCGGGAGCGGAUCGACGCGAAACGCAACACGCUGAACGACCUCAUCAAGGGGUACAGUCGGGAGGGGUUCCAUGUCUUCGACCUACACAAAGCCAUCCCCUACUGGGCCAUGUCGGACACGGACCGCAAGCGGUACUGGGACGACCACCUGCACCUGACGCCGGACGGGUACGACCUGAUGGGCAACAAGAUCGGCGUGGCGCUGGUCAGCAUCCUGGUGGCCGAGCGGGCGGCGGCUGCCGCUGGCGGCGACGCGCACGCGCGCCCGCCGAAGCGGCGGCGCAUGUUUAGGGACGACGACAAGACGUUCGACGAGGAGGCCGGCGACCCGUCCGUUAUUGACCAGGGCUAUGUCGUGGUCCGCCGCGCGGACCUGGAUUGAACUACGGAUAGCGGGGCUGAGGGUUUUAGCGGCGCGUGACGAGCGAUGAUCGGCCGGGAUACAGGGCUGGAAAGGGAGUAAGUGGGUGGAUGGACUUGGCGUUUGGAUACAUGGGAGGUUUAUGACUUGGGAUGGUAUUUGAGCGCAAAUGGACCUGGGAAU